UGUCACUUAAAGCAACAACAGAUCGUCGUACAAAGUUGACAUUAAACAGCACAGGCUUAGAAACUGAAGAUCAACGAUCAACGCCUGGGGAUAGCGGUUACAAAGACAGUUUUACGAAGUUGGCAUUAAGCAGCACAGGCUUAGAAACUAAAGAUCAACGAUCAACGUCUGGGGAUAGCGGUUACAAAGACACUUUCACAAAGUUGGCAUUAGGAAGCACAAGCGUGAAAACCAAAGUCCCACGAUCAACGCCAGUGGAAAGCAGUAACAAAGACACUUUCACAAAGUUGGCAUUAAGAAGCACAAGCGUGAAAACCAAAGUCCCACGACAAACGCCAGUGGAAAGCAGUAACAAAGACAAUAAAUAUCCGUCCGAAAAAGGGUUUCCCGCGGAUGUAAUGCGUCUUUUAUCAGAAAAGUAUAAAACAGAAGAACGUUUGGUUGUACCAACGACAUGCCCAAAGGACAAAACGGUGUUUAUUGUUUAUGACAAAGAAUGCGUUAGAGAUAAACAUCAAACGGAUUUCGGGCAAGAGGUUUUAUUCCGAAACCCAAAAACUGUAAAUACCGAAGCUAUGCAGGUGAAAAACUUCUGCCAGGAAAACGGAAAUUACAUCACAAAAGAAGAAAGAAGAAUGUUGAAGAAAUGUAUCACAGAAAACUGUGACACUCUUUUAGAAAAUCACCGCAACAUCAAUGUUAUCAGCAUGUCUCCGGUUAAAUCGAAGGAAAAUGGAAAACAUAUCAGGCCGUGUUUAUGCGUUGUUAUUUACUGCAGUUCGAAAGGGUUUAUUCCUUUUGGUGAAAAGAUUUUCCCUAAAACACUGAAAAGCGGACUUACCUGUUUUGAUACUGAUAUCAGAGAAGGUUUCUUUGAGUUUGGUCCUGGUACAUAUUCUACUUCAAAAAGUAGCAAUUACCAUCAGCAAUUAAGGAUGGGUUGUCAAUAUGCAGUCGAAGGGAAGCCAAUGUGUGCAACCAUUGGCCCUUUUGUCAAAUUGAAUGGUCACAUGGCAUUUCUGACAUGCGCACACGCAAUCUAUGGGAUCGACUCAAACGGAUACAACAUUGUAAGCAGCAGUACGUUUGUCGAACAACCGCCAUCAACAACGUUUGCGUUCCCCUCAGGGAACCAGUUCAACUUCCGUUGUGGUGAAGUUAAAAAAGCAGUAUUUGCUCCACAUGCUCAGCCGAGUGUUGAUGCAGCAGUUGUCCUGAUUUCCGAACCUACAAGACUUCCACACAGAGGGGAAUUUGCUAUGGAUAAUGAGAUUCGGUUGAAUUAUGCCGGAUUUGACGACCUUCCAUACUUUAACUCGGGGAACAUUCACCUGGACCCAAGCACGAUUGACGGUGACAAAAGAAUCGUCAAGUUUGGAGCGGAGACUCAUGUUACAAAAGGUAAUCUUAAAAGUGUGGGCACAGUGAUAUCGGCAGUUUCUGCAGACAUGGGAGUGUUCGGUCAACCUGGUGCAAGUGUUACGAUGAGAAAUCAAAUGGAAAUUUCUGGAGUUGCGGGUUAUGGAACUUACUUCCAGCCUGGGGAUUCUGGUGCGGGUGUCUUCUACGUAGAUAAAACGCCUGCGGGACAGGAACUCACCUGCAUUGGCAUAGCGAUUGGGACAACAUCAUAUGGAAACGCUAUCGUGACACCAAUAAAAGCUGUUCUUGAUGCAUUACAACUGCCAUCCCUGUGUCAGUUUCCAUAAGUUGAAGUGGGACUGAACAACUAUGAUGCAUACCAAUCUAGUUCUUGAAAGAUGCAAAUCUAGUUUGGCGUGCUGCUGCAACGAUAAUUGCUGUAAACUUUGCUGUUAAUGAAUAGUGUUUUCUCUAUGAUUUGUUUGACUUUAAAUCACAAGGAAGUACUGAUAACUAAUUUUGUUGAAAUGUACACGCAUUACCUAUGUUUUUAUAGAGUAUAUAUAUCUUUUGGUUUUAUUUAGCUGUCAAUAAGACAUAGUGAUUCGUCACUACAAUCAUAAGGAAUUAUGCCCAUUUUGAUUUCUUUUGAAAACACUUGUAAGAUAACAUUCAUUGUUGGUUUUGUGGUGUUUUUUUGGUGAUUUUUGUUGAGCAAUCUCGUAAAGUUAUACUUUUCGAAAUUGACUUUGUAUAUAAUACAACGUCCUGUUGGAAGUAAAACAAUUAAUUUUGGCUCAUAUUUAGCCUUUUAUGCAUUGUACUUUAGUCAUGUUCAGUGAUCAACAUCUAGGUACAUGUAGCAAAAUCACUUAUUUUACGAACAAUUGCCAAUACUGUUGUUAUCGUAAAAGCUAUAUACUAGAUAUAAUUUAAUUGUUCAUAUCCAAUUUGUUGUUAUAAUUAUUUAUAAUGGUUAUUUUAUUAUUACUGAUUUUGAAAGGAAUUUAUCACAUUAAUCAUCAAUCAAUUUUUGGGAAACAAUCUCUAUUCAAAGGAACAAACACCAUGUUUCAUGCAAAAUUUACAAAAGAAUGAAAAUGUGAUUUAACAUUAUCUCUCCUUAUUUUGAACAGGGGAGUAUUAAAUUGUUUGCAAAUAUAACUUGAAAUCAUUAGAGCCAGCACAGUUAUGAUCCUUUUUCUAUUGCUCAUGCAUAUGACGAUAUCUUUUGUAAGUUAUACCGCGAGACAUUGCAAAAGUAACUACUGUGUAUGUUGCAUGUGUAGUUGCAUAAAUGUAAAUGAGUAUAUUGGCCUUUUUUACAUUCUUUUAAGAUCAUGAUUUUUUUUUUUUACCUGGAACGUUAAAUGAUACUUUAAUUAACAUAAUUGUAUAACAGAAUACCGCCCAACCAUGCAUGCGCAUCUAUUUUUGUGUGUAUGCAUAAGUUUUUGUAUCCAAAGGAUGGAAUUCAGUCUUUACCAUAAUAACAUUCUACGCACAAGGAACAAUUCAUAUUUUGAUCAACUCCCGUUUAAUGGUUUAGAAUUCACAUGCAGUCAUCGAAGUAUGAAUUGUAAGUCUCCGUAUCAUCAUAAUUAUUUCAAUUUCCCAUAUUUAGUUGUUUGAUUGACAUAAUAAUAAAACACUACAUCAUUUAUAUAGCGCACUGUAUAUACUUUAUUACACAAACGCGCUAUUACAAUGUAUAAGUGACAACCGUCUAGGUGGUUGCGCAUUAAUUUUUGCCUUAUUUAGAUUUUUACAGCAUUAUUUUACCUGUGUGCACUUAUCUGUAAGGUAUAUUGUAUAAGUUUACUGGUUUAAGUGAUUUUUUAAUGUUUCUGUAAAGCAAUUUAUGUUACGUUAUUUUGACUCGAUUAAUUUUAUAACCCACUUUGAUUUUUAUGUAUUUUUUUAGGAAUUGUAAUUUACGGACUUUCCUAAAGAUGCUCAUUCCUACAUUUUCGUAUAAUCAAGGUUACAUGUUUUAGUCUCAUGAUCAUCUUUCAAUUUACACUGGUAAAGAGUUUCAAACAAAUGAUCAACACGCCGAUUUUAUAUCAUGAUUGGUUAUGAAGUAUAACCGACAUUUGUUGGAUUAAAAUGUAUAAAAAUCACCUGUUAAACUACAAUGUGUGACAAGUAUUUGUUGGAUUACGAUUGAUGACCAAACAAAACUGUUUUGAUAACGAUGUAUGACAAUCAUUUGUUGGGUAAAGUUGUAUGACGGACAUUUAUGGGACCACAAUAUAUGGCAAUUACCUGGUAAAUGUCAAUGUAUGACAAUCACCUGUUUAAUUACAAUGUUUGACAAGUAUUUGUUGGAUUACGAUCGAUGACAAAAAAAUAGGUUAACAAUGUAUGACAAUCAUUUGUUGGGUAAAGGUUUAUUGAAGACAUUUUAUGGACUACGAUGCAUGAAAUACAUCUGUUGAGUUACGAUACAAGACAAGCAUGUAUUGGCGUGCGAUUUUUGUUUGAUAAAACAUGUAAAACAUUUUUUUUUAAUUACGAUUGAUGACAAGCAUUAGAGGGAAUUAGAUGUAUGAUAAAUACUUUUGGAUUACGAUGCAUAUAACAACUUCUUGUUGGAUUGAGAUGUAUAGCAAACUCGUGACUAGUUAGGAUGUAUUGGUAUUAGGCCUUUUGAAUUAGGAUGUUGUACAAAUAUUGUUGAAUUGUAUAAACAUCACUUCCUUAGAUACGAUAUGUAAAGGCUUUACACCAAGAUGUAUGACCAACUAUGAUUUACAUUUCAUAUGUAAACAUUUCUUUGGUUAAAAUGUAUAAGAAAACUUGUUUGAUUACAUAGUUUGCCAUUUUGUGAUUUAUCAGUGUCAUAUAUAUCUGUAUAUAACUUGCAUAGUAACAUUUUGAUAAUUUUGCUUGAUUUCCGCUUUCCUAAAUAAAUCUUUAUUUUCACUUUGUCUUAUCAGUUGUCAAUCAUACGUAUCCUUUGGUUUACCUUUGACAUGAUCGUACAGAACGCUCAUUUUAGUUAUUCGCUUGUUUUAA